UUCAGUACGUUACAAGAAAAUGGAAUACAUUUUAUUUUCAUUAAUGUUGAUGUUGCUCUUUUCAUUCUCAACUUCACUCCAAUCUCCUAUUCCUGACCAGCAAUCUUUGUUGAAAUUCAGAGCUGCAAUCACCUCCGACCCAAAUAAUUCCUUAGCAAAUUGGAAUUCCAGUAUUCCAAUGUGUAAUUGGACCGGCGUUAGAUGCUCUCAUAAUUCGCAGCAAGUUUUGGGGCUUGAUCUCAGAGGUAUGGAUUUGCAGGGCGUCAUUUCUCCUGCGCUUGGGAAUCUCACGGCUCUGGUUAAUCUCAUUCUCCUCGAUAACCAACUGCAUGGGAGUAUUCCGGGUGAGCUAGGCAAGUUGACACGGUUGAAGAAUCUUAUAUUGCCUCAAAACUACUUUACAGGUACAAUUCCACCCUCUUUCAAAAAUCUCUCAGCCUUAGAUCAAUUGGACUUGUCGCUCAAUAAUCUCCAUGGACCUAUUCCUCCUGAAAUAGGCAUGCUCACCAAACUACAUUUGCUCUACCUCUAUGAUAAUCAGUUGUCAGGUAGUAUCCCUUCCUCCAUGGGAAACCUGUCAGAGUUGAUUGUUUUGCAACUGCUAAAUAAUAGUCUCACAGGUCCUAUUCCAACUGAAAUAGGGAAUCUCCACGACCUAGAGGAGCUCGUGCUCUAUAACAAUAGAUUGGUAGGAACGAUUCCUUUAGAAGUGGGGAUGCUCCUCAAUUUGCAAGUACUUAGUCUAUGGGGAAACAAGCUUAGUGGAAUCAUACCAGAUUUCUUAGGAAAUUGUUCUAAACUAGAGAAACUCGUACUCUAUGACAAUCAGUUGUCAGGAACUAUUCCUUUUGAAUUGGGGAUGCUCCUCAAUUUGCAAGUACUUAGUCUAUGGGGAAACAAGCUUAGUGGAAUCAUACCAAAUUCCUUAGGAAAUUGUUCUAAAAUCGAAAUAAUUAACCUACGGAACAAUCAACUGAAUGGAGCUGUGCCUAAUGAGUUGGGCAAUUUGCUUUUCCUUGUAAAAAUUAUAUUAGAGCAUAAUCAGCUUGUUAGUAGCAGCAAUGUCUCUUUGGCAUUUCUGACUGCUCUCACAAAUUGUUCCCACCUAGAACAUAUAAAAAUGUCCCACAAUAAUUUGAACGGUGUUUUGCCUCCAUCCAUAGGCCACCUUUCUUCGAAUCUCUCCAUCUUUGAUUUAGGGAACAACAUGAUAAGGGGAAACAUACCUCAACAAAUUACCAAUCUUACCAGCUUAACCUACUUGAACUUAAGCAAUAAUCUUUUAAGUGGGUACCUGCCAUCUGGGCUCAAAAGAUUCUAUAUCUUGGAAAGAUUGGAUUUGAGCGGUAACAGUCUAGGAGGAGGCCUUCAAGAUAACAUUGUCAAUAUGAAAAGUUUAGGGGAAUUAGAUGUUAGUUGGAACAAGCUAUCAGGAAGAAUACCAGGCUCUCUUGGUAGAUUUCAACAGCUGAGAAGACUUUUUCUGCACCACAACUAUUUCUCCGGAGAGAUACCUUCUGGUUUGCAGAGAUGUCCAAACUUAGAACUGGUCGACUUGUCUAACAACCACCUGAGUGGAAACAUACCUGGAGAAGUUAUGGCAAGUCUUAAAAACCUUCAGUUUUAAUUGAAUCUAUCAUCGAAUUUCCUACAAGGACAUCUUCCUGCGGAAAUAAGUAAAAUUAUAAGUGCUCAAGCAAUAGACAUUUCUUGUAACAGGCUUGAUGGAAUGAUUCCGUCAGCACUUGCAAACUGCUUAGCACUGGAGCAUCUCAAUCUCUCUCAUAAUGCCUUUGAAGGUCCGAUACCAGAUGCACUUGGCAAGUUACAAAAUUUGGAAUCUGUUGAUCUUUCUUUCAAUUUCCUGUCAGGUACAAUACCUACGUCUCUUGCAAAAAUGAAAGUGCUUCGCUACUUCAAUGCUUGUUUCAACAAUCUGACAGGUGAAGUUCCAAAAGGAGGGUUGUUUUCAAAUAACACAUUUAAUGCAUCAUUUAUGGGAAAUACUGGUCUCUGUGGUCCAGACAAAUACUUAGUGCAUGCAUGUCCAAACCAGGGUAAAAGAGUGAAGUCACUACUCACAAAAAUGAUUUUGUCAGCUGCUGGAACAACUGCAUUUUUACUGUGUACUUCAAUCUUUGGAAUACUGUGGUGUCGGAAAUAUUCAUCACAUCAAUUUGAUCUUCCAGAUUUCAUGAUUGGAAGACUGAGAUAUCCAAAGUUUAAAUAUCAAGAUCUGGUCAAUGCUACAAAUGGAUUCAGUGAGACAAAUUUGCUUGGUAUGGGUGGCUUUGGAUCAGUCUAUAAAGGAAUUUUAAGAGAUGGUAUGGUGGUUGCAAUCAAAAUUCUCAAUUUCCAAAAUCAACAACUCCAAAACAGUUUCAAGAGAGAAUGUAAAAUCCUGGCAAGGACUCGACAUCGAAAUCUCAUUAGAGUUAUAAGUGCAUGUUCAUACCUUAACUUUAAGGCUUUGAUUCUUCAAUUUGCUACAAAUGGAAGCUUGGAAAAGCAUUUGUAUACUGAAAGUAAUGAGGAGGAUGUUUGUGAGCUCAAAAUUGAUGAAUGCCUGAACAUUGCUAUUGAUGUGGCCCAUGGCAUGGAAUACCUACAUCAUGAUUGUCCUACCCAAGUUGUUCACUGUGAUUUGAAACCUAGCAAUGUGCUUCUAGAUGCAAAUAUGACAGCCCUUGUAGCCGAUUUUGGUAUCUCAAGAUUGGCUGGUCCUGCAAACUUAAUUGAUUCCUUGAGCACAUCAAUUGCCCUGAGAGGAUCUAUUGGCUACAUAGCUCCUGAGUAUGGAUUGGGAAUGAACAUUUCUACAAAAGGGGAUGUUUAUAGCUAUGGAAUUCUCUUGUUAGAGAUGGUCACAAGGAAAAGGCCAACUGAUGCCAUGUUUGCUGAUGACCUGAACCUCCCAAAGUGGGUGAGAUCAGCUUUUCCCCAGAGGUUAGCAGACAUUGUUGAUAGGAGGUUGUUAGAGAAUGUGGAGAUGGAACACAAUGAGUGGCUUGUUUCUUUCAUACAUAUUGGCUUGCUCUGCACAACUGAAUCUCCCCAAGAACGACCGAGCAUGAGAGAUGUAACAAGGCAAUUGGAGGUUCUAAGAAGUAUUUUCAUAGGAGGUGCAACACCAGCUUCCAAUUUAGCAAGAACCAUAUCAGAUUUGGUGCUGAAUGCCAGUGCUAAUGCAACGGAAGAGGGGCUUAGUUCCAGUGGGAGCUCUACAUAUUAGCUACAUACAUAUAUAAAACAGUCCUAAGGUACUUACUUAUUCUACAAUAUUAUAGUUUUAUGACAUUAAAUUAUAACUAAGGACAAAAACUGCAAUAUAUGAUAAACAAAGAAAGAUUGUCUGCCGGUCUAUAUAUGCGUCUAUAAGUGAGACAAACAUCUCAUGUGUGAUUUUAAAAUAGGAGAGGAAGGAGAAAUCUUAAGAAACA